AUGAGUAAUUGGCCUGAAGAGGACACUCUGGAUUUGACAAGUGACCUGAGCUGUGUCGAAAGUGAUAAGAGCGAAGCAGCUGAAACUUCCACGACCACUGUUGCGCCGCAAAAUUCGAUCUCCGAUUGUGUUCUUUGGGAUGAUGUAAAGACUCCAACUGCUCCAUGUAUUCCGAAUUUUGUCGAUUUCUCUUCAACAGUAAGACAUCUUUCUCUCUCUCAACCUGAAUUGCCUGCUAGUUCUAUACCAGCUCCAGUGAUUAGCAAACUGAGUAGCAUUGUUUUCUGGGCUUUCGCUGUAGAUUUUACACUUCAGUAUUACUCCCUCCAAAUGUCAAAGUUUGAUAUGGAAGAAGAGCGCAAGCAGAUCGCAGAGGCGAAACGACAAGCGCAAAUCGAACUCGAGUCGGCGGAAAUGAGAGCUCAACAAAGAGUCGAUGACGUGGAGGCGAAACUUCGUGAUGUUGCGCAGCAGAAACAAGCUUUACUUCAUCAGUGUAAUCAGGCAAGUACCACUAAGAAUGCGAAAACAAUUACGGAAGAGCUAAGAGCACGUCUAACAGCGCUAGAGAAGGAAAACAACGUUCUUCGUAAAAAGAUUGAGGAAGAGCAAAAGGAAUUAAAUGAAAAGACUGUCCUCGGAGAUACAACAUCGCAGAGUAAAUCAAUUUAUACAUUCGUGGUCGGCGGUGGAUGUGAUAUCCAGGCACUGCUGCGACGAAUUGAUGAGUUGGAAGCAAGUCUUCGAGAUGAACAGGAGGAAAGAACCAAGAGCAAUACCGCGCUUGUCGCAUAUAUGUCGCGGUGUCAUGAACUGGAGAAGAAAAUUCGUAAUAUUAGCACCUCCUACUCUAACCUGUCGUUCAAUGCGCUUGGCAAGGAUGAAGUUUUGAAAUUGGUCAGGAAAAUUCGCGAUCUACUACUUACACUUGGAAAGGAGAAUAAAGAGUUACGGAAAGAAUGCGCCAGACAUCUAGGACUCGGUGAAUUAAGUCAAACGACUGUUGAUUCAAAUGACGUCAACGAAGUUAGCAGUGCAGCAGAUGGGCUCGAGAAAAGCGCUUUACUCAAGGAGAACUUCGAGCAGAAGCAGCUAGAAGUGUUCAACAUGCUCCAGUCUCUGGCUAGCAACGUUAGCAAUCUCGAUGAAAGUGUAGUCAAUAUUUUAAAGAGCAUAGGGAGAAGUGACGAUCCUAACUAUGAACGAAUUAGCGCUGAUGUUGCCUUUAUCGAUGCUGAGAAUCCAUGUGCGAACAUAGUUUCACUUCCCCGUGAUUCCGCUGCUAGUCAUAAUUUGUCCGCGGUGAACGCAUCACUGUUCGGGUUGGUGAACCGUUCCCUGAACACAUCAAAGGAAAUUGUUAACUUCAAGGAAAAACUUGGCUCACUUCGUGAAGUAAUGCAAAGAAUGUUCGAGAUUUUGAGGACUUCUGGCGUACUGUUUGAAGAAGUCUUGGAAAAUCUCGGUUCUGGUAGUGAUGAAAUGAGGCACUUGGCUGAUCGUAUACGUUCAAUGAAGUUUGAAUGGAACAACGUCAUUGAUGAAAGUCGUGUAUUCCUGAGUGUAAUUGAAGAAACAUCUCAAAGUGUGAGUAAAAUGCAGCACGAAAUGUCAAUUUGGGAACAGUCGCUCAAUGAAACGUCUUUUCGAUUGGAUUGCUCCAUGGUCCAUACGCGUUCUUCAGCGCAAACUGCCUCAUCCGAUAUCGCUAAGGUUGAUCCGAUUUGUUGUUACAACAAUAAGCAGAUGGAAAUGUUGCUAUCUACAAAAGAAGAAGAGAUUGUACGGUUGCAGUCACUGAUAGACAAAAUACAUGAUGAUCAUGAGAAAGCGAUCGCUUCGGGUGAUAACUUACGUGAUGAGGUGAAGCAGUUAGAAGAGGCCUUAUUCGACGCCAGGAAAGAGCGCGACGAGCUUGCUGCUACUCUGGAUUCUAAGGAAGUUGAGAUGGGGUUGUUGCGUGCGUCAUUAGAAGGACAACUGUCUCUUAGUGAACAAAUCCAACAAGAUGUCUUGAAUUUGCGUCGCAAUACAGAAGCCCUGAUUCAUGAAAUAGGUGCAAAGGAUAUUGCCAUAGCUGAUAUGGAAGCUAAACUAACAGUGGCUAGAGAAAGGAGCGAGGAAUUGAAACGUGCUGUAUUGGAGCGCGAAACUGAAGUGAAAGAGAUCCGUGCUUUCCUUGAAGAAGAACAAGAGAGAGGGAAAAACGAUAGAGAGGAAUGGAAAAUUGUUCUUAUGGCUGCUCAGGAGACUUCUUCCGCCUUACGCAACGACGUAGAGCGAAUUCGAAAUGAGCUCAGUGUGAAAGAAGAUACCAUUCGCGAUUUGAAUGAUCAGCUUCAAACUGCCAAGGAAAACAAUCUUCUCAUAGCGGAAGUGGUAUCGGAAUAUGCUUCGAAUGAAAGUCAGGACAAACAUAUUUGUAAGAAUCGGCGUCCUAUGGCAAUCGCUAAUGUCCAAAACCUGCCAAAAAUUUCUACGGUAAAAUCUCGAGAUUCCCAAACGGAGCUAACGCGUGCCGCUUUGGCUAAUAUGGAAUCUGAUUUUCUUUCUCAUUCUUCUGAAGUUGAUUUGCUUCGUUUGGCUUAUGACGAACUGUCGCACGCCAUUGUGUUCGAUAACCCUAUGCGCCAGACGCUGUUUGUUCUAACUACGAUGGCAAUGGAUUUGGUGAAGUUACUGAGACGCUUGUCUUCACUACAUUCUGCUGGACACAAGGUCAACUUCCAAGACGCAAUAGAAUUGGCGAGGAAAUUGCGUAAUGAAUUGAAUGAGCGAUUUCUGAUUGUACGCACGGAGAAGGAGAACGAAAAUAAACACUGCGUGACAGAUCUCAUUCACAUGGUCAGGAUACUCGAGAAGGACAACCGCAUAUUGCACGACAACAUAAAAACAUGGAGAAGCGAAUAUGAAGCGCUGAGUGAAAAAAUUGCAAAUAAUCCCGAACUGGCGGAGCGCAUUGCUAAUCAGCUUCGCCGCAUACACACGGUGAUGGGAGAGUCUAGACGAGCCUGUGGACUGUUACAAGAAACACAAACUGGAACUGAUAAACCCGCAACUUAA